AUGAAUAAUUAAAUAAAUUACAAAUAUUGGAUAACAAAAACAUUCAUUAUUCUAAGAGUUGCUAUAAUACUUCUCUAAUAGGUUUAGAUCUUUUUCUGAUAGCUUUAACAAGUCCAAUAGCAUCUUCUAGAGAAUAAUUUAAAUCCAAUACUAAAUAGAGUAUGAUUGUUUAAAUACUCCUUUAGAUGCCAUCAGUACAAUGUACAUAGACACAUUUACCUUGAUCAAUUAGAUUUUACAAGAUCGUAUAAGCCUACUUACCCUUCUUUAAGAAAGAUCGCUUAUUGCAAUCUAUUAUUGGACAAUGCAAAUACGUAAUCUAAUAAGAUUCACAAAACAUUCUGAUUUGAUCAAAAUAAUCUUCAGGUAAAUCCUUCUUUAUAAGAUCUUCAACAGUUUAUAGAUUAAUUAUAGCAUCCACUCCUAAUUUUUAUAGAAUAUGAA